AUUCUUGCGCCUUUCCCUUUUCCACCCACCAUCGAGGAAAGUGUCUCGUGUCGCACGUACUACUGGAAGUACUCAUUCUACUUCCCGGCCACUACGGUGGUACUUACUACUAACUAUUCCCACCCAACCGUUCACGACCGACAGAACCAGAAAACCACGAAAUGUGCCUGUACACCACACCACCACUACUACUACUACACUACUACUGUGCGCACUACAACUGUACUCGCACUGUACUGCCCUCGAUUUGCUCACAAAUCCCCAAAUCCUUCAUCCGCAUCCUCUCAUUCCCUUCCUACCUCAAACCGUCCAUACAUAUGAAUCGACUCAUAUGCAAACUGUUCUCGAGUAUGCAAUAUACAAAUCCUCAUGCCCAAUAGAUAAUGGGCUACUGGGUAAAAGAGACGAUAGACAAGGACCUCUUACAUCUCUGCUUAAUCGUGUCUGACCCAGCCCGCUCCGCUCCUCCUCGUUGGUUUCGUGUAUCAAAUACUACGACCUUCUACUUGGAUUCAUUCACUGGCCACUCUACUCGCUAUUCCCCCCGAUAGUAAUAAUACCGCACUCUCCUCACCACUGCGACAGAGAAGUUUCGUGAUUCCAAGGCCCUCUACUCUCCCCCGGCCUCCCCAAUCAAAGGCGGCAGGGACAAGAAAAGAGGGUGGCAUAAUCGUUGAAACUUAGCGAAAUUGGCCAUUUUAUACACCACACUGACCAACCACCCAUCCUGCGACAGUGCGAGCCCAACUCGUGUUUUAUGCCGAGAUCAAUCCACGCCUUUACCCGCUGAACUUCCAGAAGAUUGGACCCUCUUACCUUUCUCCCGGGGGCACUGAUCAUACAACCGAUCAUAUACGUUGUAUACAUAUACAUAUACACGCCGCCGUGAACUUGCACUGUACUGGAUCAAUCGCCCUCCAGAACUCGUUCGGUGUCACGGCAAAUAUUCACCCACGAACGCGGUCUGCAGCAAAUUCACAAACCCCACGUUCAUUAAGUACAGUACACCGCACAUCUGCCUCCUCCUGUCACUGGUUUCCGCAUUCAAAGUCACCCCAAAAAGCCACUAUCUUCACGCCAUCCCAUAGUACGAAGGAUAUUCAGUGGUUGUGGGUCUCCAAGCUGGGAUCCAUAAAAAACCACCCUCGCGGGAACUCAACGGGUACUCCCCCUAGUCCAUCCAACUUGGGCCAAUUUCACCCUAUACUGUCAGCACCUCCCAGUUCCUUUGGAACUUGACCAUACAAUCCAUUGUAAACACUUCCUUUUGCUGAAGGCUUUGUCAAAUCACCGACAAUUCUCACCUUCAAGCAGCUUCAUCCGACCAAACGAACACGCUCCUCUCUCCUUACUCGAUCCUGAAUGCCCCGAUAACUCUCGCUGCUCUUCCCAGAGAGCAGGUCGAACUUGAAACAGUUCUCGACACGCAUCAACUCGACCACCUCUCCCAUGCUACUAUAGCUGCGCGAAUAUAUAUUUAGCAAGGGUUCACAAUGACUCUCGUCGAUGUUGUCCACCGAGGACACUCCUCACACUUGACUACGAACACUGGACAGGCACUGGAGGACCGCUUCGAGGUGCUGAAGGACAUCGGUGAUGGAAGCUUUGGGAGUGUCGUUUUGGCACGCGUACGUGGUGCUGGCGCCAGCGUUGCGAGACGUGGAACAGUGAUUGCGAUCAAGACGAUGAAGAAGAACUUUGAGUCGUUCGCCCCCUGCCUAGAACUGCGCGAAGUUGUAUUCCUGAGGACACUUCCACCUCACGUUCACCUCGUCCCAGCUUUGGAUAUUUUCCUCGACCCUUUCACCAAGAAGCUUCACAUCUGCAUGGAGUAUAUGGAGGGCAAUCUCUACCAACUAAUGAAGGCUCGCGAUCACAAGUGCUUGGAUGGCGGCAGCGUCAAGAGCAUUCUUUUCCAGAUUAUGCAAGGACUCGAGCACAUUCACGACCAUCAAUUCUUCCAUCGCGAUAUCAAGCCAGAGAACAUUCUCGUCUCGACAUCAGGACAGCAAGAAUCCUCCAACAGCUUCAGGCGAUACUCGGCGCUCGUCACACCGCCAUCUACACCACCAACAUACACCGUCAAGAUUGCCGACUUUGGUCUCGCUCGCGAGACUCACUCCAAACUCCCCUACACUACAUACGUCUCUACUCGAUGGUAUCGCGCACCGGAAGUGCUGUUGAGGGCAGGAGAAUACUCUGCGCCCGUGGAUAUUUGGGCAAUUGGUGCGAUGGCAGUUGAAAUCGCGACACUGAAGCCACUCUUCCCCGGUGGAAACGAGGUCGACCAGGUCUGGAGGGUGUGUGAGAUCAUGGGAAGCCCCGGGAACUGGUACAGCAAGAAUGGCACAAAGGUUGGCGGAGGUGAAUGGAAGGAGGGCGCAAGGCUUGCUGGCAAACUUGGUUUCUCUUUCCCAAAGAUGGCUCCCCAUGCGAUCGAUACGAUUCUUCAAGCACCACAAUGGCCGGCUCCUCUCGCCCAUUUCGUCACGUGGUGUCUUAUGUGGGAUCCAAAGGCCCGCCCAACGUCGAGGGAGGCACUGGCACACGAGUACUUUAAUGAUGCUGUGGAUCCUCUGCGACCCAAGUCGUCGGCAUCGAGGAUGCUCGGUCGCAAGCAGUCGGAUCUGAGCUACCGUGGUUCGAGGGACUUCUCAACCGAGACCCUGACCUCAUCCAAGCCUUCGUGGUUCAGGAAGUCCCUGAUCGGACGAUCGGAAAACUCGACUGCUUCGUCGCAGCCAACCUCUGGUAAGGAGAAUGUGGCUCCUCGCCCAUUACCAGUACAUGCGCAAACCAUGAACGACGCCACCGCCCCUGCCAAAGCGCGUCCACAACCCACCAAGCGCUCGACCUGGUCCAACAGCCCGUCGAACGCUGCCCCAAUGCCCAUACUCCCCUCCAUCAAACCAAUCUCCCCGCUCUCCGAUGCAGUUACCGCACAAGGUACUUCUAGGACGGCAUCCUUUGCUGGCCAGCGCGGGUCUGCUGCCGACAAGGCCAGCCAGAAAAUCGGCCGCCAACUCUCGGUUACAUCUAACAACCACUACGAUGCUGAAGCGCACCGACAGCAGGCAGAGCGAGCUCUUAACGGUAACAGUGGACUCAUUUCUCCCCCGAGCGGCCAGAAGGAGAGCUUCUUCUCGCACCUCCGCAAGCGUGCUAGGAGGUUCUCAGGUCGUCAUCAGACUCCAAUGUCACCGACGGCAGAUGACCUUGAGGCACAGGUAGGCUGUGGCCCAUGGCAAAGCAACAGAUCGUCGAUGGUUAUGGAUCCUACCCAGCUCCCGACCCCUUCAUACAAGGUGGACACGCACGAGGCGCUAGACAAGGCGCUCCGUGCCGUUCAGGACAAUCUGGAGUCGCCAUCACAAGGCACGGCCCCCAUGCCACCAGCUCACCAAAUCAGCCCCAGCACGAUCCUCAAGCGCCACCACUCCCUAAACCAACAACCUCAGACCCGCUCAGUGGAUAACCUGAUCGGAGCAGCCCGCAGCGGCGGACCAGUGUCGAGCAGGACCAGAAGGGCACAGGCACACGGCGGCACCCGCCAGUACGAAGUCCCGGAUGAGGAAGAUGAACUCCUUGACGAAGCCCUCACAUCCGCCAACAAAGCGAUGAGGCGCAUGGACCGCAACUCCCUGACCGAAUACAUCCAAAAGGGCGGCAACGCCGAGCUUGAGCGCAAGCCCCUGAGGCAAUCCCAGAGCAAGCCUACCGUGCUGAACCCUUACCCUACACCCUCUCCGACUGCCAACGGUAACGCGGCACUCUUCUACGCCGAUGCAUCUGUCCGCAGCAACCAAACGCUCAAGAGCAACGCGCCAAGGGACGAUAACGAUGCCAGGCAUAAGUGGCCGACGCCACCAUACGAGGGGAAUGACUGGUCGAAUUCGACGGCUGCUAGUAUCUGGGAGGCGGGCAACCGCUUCUAAAUGAAGCAAACUCUCCACCACCACGCAAUCACUCACUCACAUAACCAUAACCACACCCGACCACACUACCAACAACCACCUGUAUAUUUGUGCUAAGAGACAAAAGAAGAACUUGCAAGGCGUUAAGGGGGAUACAAGGGAAAACCGCGACAGCACCACUGCACUCGAUCGCGCGUCAUACACCACUUUUUAUUUAUUUGUCUUUUAACUCGUGAUGGUUCACACCAGCAAUGCAUCUCGGGGCUGCGACCAACCGAGGCCGGCGUUCAUUUAGCUAUUAUACGCAUUUCAUUUUUUCAGUUCAGUUCAGACAGAGUCUGCGAGCUAGCGAAGCGGAUUUGAGAGCCUUUUUUUGUGCUCACUUUUACUUUUUGGAGGGCGUGGAUGGGAUUAUAAAACCCACCAUGACCGUUUACUGCGUGCUUCGAGCACACAUCACAUACAACUAUUUCCUUUGUAAUAUCGCCACUACAUACAGCAUAGCUAGGAUGGUGGCGCGGCGGCGAGAGAGAUAGUUAGAGACAGACUGCUCUGCUCUGCCGCUGCUGUUAUUUUAUGGGGACGAAGGAGGGGGGGAGCCUCUUGUUACUAUAUGGGAAUGGGCUUUUUUGAGAAGGAUUCUUCCGUUUUUUGCUUUCUACGUUGACGGGAGAAGAGGAGGAGGGAUUGGGUUGUAUUUAGAUGGGAUCCGGGAAAUAAAGUAUACUUAAUAAUAGUUCUGAGAGAUAUGGAAAGGAUGGAUAAAUUCUAGAGAGGCUAUUUGAUG